GAAAUAUUUUUCAUGAUUUUUUGUAUUUCUUGUUGACAAAUUUAAAAACGUACGCUAAAAUACAGUACAUUUGAUUUAUUUUACGGAGUAUUUUAUUAAAAUUAAAAGUACCACACACAUCUGCGACAGAUUACCUGCAUCUUUAUUUUUGGAAAGACAUCAAUAAUAUUUUUAAUCAUGAACGAGUUAAAAUCAAUGGAACAUGCUACGUUGAAGGUGCCGUACGAAGUUUUUAAUAAAAAAUAUCGCAACGCCCAGCGUGUGUUCGACGUGGAAGCAAGGCAGGUGGCCAGUAGCGCUAGUGAACUUGAAGCCUGUAAGAAUCAACCAGUCACCACAACUGAGAUUGAGUCGCUGCUUGGGGGCAUGGUUGAAAAACUGAAGACGAUGAAGCGUAAGGCAUCAGAGGCCAUUGCCGAGGAGCUGCAAGUGGCGUACGUGUGCAAGAAGCGGCUCGAGCACCUCAAAGAGCAAGCCAGCGCUCUCGCCGAACCCAACACGCCGCAAGUCAGGACUGCGCUUAAUCAGUGGCGUAAGGUUCGUCUCGACCGGAUGCUGGUGGACUAUUUCCUGCGCAAUGGCUACUACGAGUCAGCGAACAAGCUGGCCGAUACACGUGACCUCCGCGACCUCACAAAUGUUGACAUCUACUGCGCGGCGGCGGAGGUGGAGGCGGAGCUGGCGAGCUGGCGCACGGCGCGCUGCCUGCAGUGGUGCGCCGACAACAAGUCCAAGCUGCGCAAACUCAACUCCACCAUGGAGUUCAACAUACGCAUACAGGAAUUCAUCGAGCUGGUACGCGAAGACAAGCGCCUGGAAGCGGUACGCUACGCCAAGAAACACUUCUCCAACUUCGAGGAAGGGCAGCUGCAAGAUAUACAGCACUGCAUGGGCAUGCUGGCAUUCCCUAAGGAUACUGAGGUGGAGCCGUACCGCUCGCUGCAGUGUCCGUCGCGGUGGGGCGCGCUGGUGCGGCAGUUCCGCUGGGAGCACGCGCGCCUGCUGCACCCCGCGCGCGCGCCGCUGCUGCCCGCGGCGCUGCAGCUGGGGCUGGCGGCGCUCAACACGCCGCAGUGCUGCGCCGAGCCCGGCGCCGGCUCGGCCGCGGCGGCGGGCUGCCCCGCCUGCGCGCCGCCGCUGCACCUGCUGGCGCGCGAGCUGCCGCACGCGCACGUGUCGCACUCGCGCCUCGUGUGCCGCAUCUCGCGCGCGCCGCUCGACGAGCACAACCACCCCAUGGUGCUGCCCAACGGACAGGUCUACGGCGAGAAGGCUCUAAAAGAAAUGAUGAAAGAACACGGCUCCAUCAUAUGCCCGAAGACAAAGGAAGUGUUCUGCAUGAAGCGCGUCGAGAAAGUCUACGUUAUGUAAACAUCGCGCUUUGUGUAUAUCAAACGCUUGUUAAUAUUAAGGUUUUAUCUUGGAUGCCCUCUUACUGUUGUUUUAACACUUUUAUUUCAUUACUAAAGAUAUUGAAGUUUUAGGAUAGUUGGAACUUUUGAAAACAUGAACAACUAUUCAGUUUCUUUAUCUGAUCAGUAAAAUACUUCGAGACUGUCAUUUGUAUUUUAUUUUAUCUUAAAUUACUUUUUAAAAUGGAUGUUUUUUUAAAUCAGAAAUAAAUAUUUUAUCCAUGAUUAAUAUUCUGCCUUCUAAAUACUGGUGAUACCAUUAUUUGGCAAUUAAAAUGUUUAAAAGAAUAUUUUUUACCUAUUUUUGUAAUAUAUUUUUGUUAUAUCAUUAAAAUAUAAUUUUAUAAAUUAUCACAGUAAGAGGGCAUGCUGUUUGGGAUUUGAAUAUUUUGUACUAUUUCUUUACUUCUGACAGUCCAUAUUACAAUCAUAUUAUGAAUCUCGUGUUUUCAAUAUAUGAAUGUUAGCAGCAAAAUUAUUCAUACAUUCAUUUAAUGAAUUAAAAAAAUACUAACUAGGUGAUAUAUCUUUGUAGUAAAAUAUAAAAAUUGUUAUUGAAUUAAUUCAUUUUAGUAACUCUUUGAAAAAGUUGAUUGUGGCUAUGCAUAGCAAUAAAUAGUUACGAAAUUAUUAAUUUGUCUUGAUUAAUCAUCAGAUAAAUCAGAUUUGUCAUACAGGACAAAAAAGUCAGAUAAAAUUGCGUUACAUUUUUAUCUUACCCAGAAAACACAUUUUUCUUUAUAAAGCAGAUUUUUCUUAUUAAUUUUAGUUUAAACAAAUAUUCGCAUGUGGUAUUUUUUUAUAUGAUUAUCUUUUUUCAUAUUUGUAUUGUCGAUAUUAGUUUGUGCCUGGUAGCAUUUGAAAUCUUAUACUUAAAAUGUUGCCAUACUAAAAUGAUAUUUCCAAUGUCGAAAUAAAUUAAGAGUAUUUUUAGUUAUUAUUGGUAAGUUCUUAUGUGAAAAUAUAACUUUUAUCGACAGUAUAGUUUUAAUGGACUGUUAUUCAUAAGUAAGAUUUUAAAUAUGUAGCUACGUGUAAAUUAUAUAAAAUAUUCUCACUGUAUCAUAACCAUAACUUGUUAUACUGAGAAAUAAACGCAAAUCAUAAA